CGACGAACUUUUUUGCCGAGCCGAUUUCACGCCUGGUUGCUGCAGGCAGAGGACGCGCAACCAACCGCUGCGACCGCCGAGCGAACACACAUCCCCCGACUCCCGAGCUCGUUGCAGUCGGCCGACGCGCAGCCUGCUUGAUAGGGAGCUGCACACCGCAAUUCAUCAUGUCAACGUCGUCCGAGACACCGCCCGAUACCAUAAUGGUGUCGGAUCCGAGCGCCGAUAGGCUCGUCGACGAGGACCACGUCACCGCCGAACCCCCCGUGGCAGGCAAUUCGAGCGUGCCCAAGCCAAAACGGCUGGCUUGCAUGAUUUGCAGGAAGCGCAAAUUGAAGUGCGACGGCAUCAAGCCAAGCUGCAGCACCUGCUCCCGUCUCGGCCACACGUGCGCCUACGACGAGGUCAGGAGGAAGAGCGGGCCCAAGAGGGGCUAUGUGAAGGCGCUGGAAGAGCGGCUGAAGCAAGUCGAGACGCUGCUGAAAAGCCAGGAGAUCUCGUCGUCAAGUUCGGACGGAGCCAAUGGCCUGCCUGUGCCCAUGCCCGUCGAUGCGAACGCAAAGCAGCCCCUGAACCAGCGCGCCGCUGCCACGGCCAACUUCAACGUCACAGACCCGUCUAUUGGCAUCGCGAGCAGCCGCGACAUGGAUCGAUGGCGCUUCAAUGCCGACUCUCCCCACGCGCCGCUCGAAGACUUCAACUUCAACAGUGGCAUGGGCAUGGGCAUGGGCGGGGUCGAUAACAGCUUCACCUGGGAGAUGGUCGGCCUGGGCUUGGAGGAGCCUUUGCCGCCCCAGGAGACGAUCGAUGAGCUGCAUCAGAUCUAUUUCGAGAAAAUUCACCCUUCACUGCCCAUGAUCCACAAAUACCGUUAUCUAGCCGCCAUGAACCUCGCUCCGGCCCAGCGGCCACCUGUUUGCCUGCGCUACGCCAUGUGGACGCUGGCCUGUUCCGUCACAGAUAAGUUUCAGACGCUGAAGGACUUGUUCUACGCGCGCGCGAGGAAGUAUGUCGAGUUGGACUACAUCAAGGGCUACGGAGAGCACAUCAUCUCCACGGCCCACGUUCAGACUCACAUCCUCCUGGCCUCGUACGAGUUCAAGUGGAUGUACUUCCCGCGAGCGUGGAUGAGCACCGGCUCAGGGGUGCGAUUAGCCCAGAUGAUUGGCCUCCACCGUCUCGACGGAGCAGGACUAGACGUCAAGCAAUGUCUCCCGCCCCCUAGAGAUUGGACCGAGAGAGAAGAGAGGCGGAGGACGUUCUGGAUGGCAUUCUGUCUGGACCGCUUUGCCAGCAUCGGCACGGGCUGGCCUAUGACGAUCGAUGAAAAGGAUAUCCUGACGAAUCUCCCUGCCUCCGAUGAGGCCUUCGAAUUCAGCCGCCCGGACCAGACCACGACUCUCUCCGACGCCAUGAGCCCUGCAGGCGCAGGAAAGCUCACACCCUUCGGCGGCGUUGUCCUCAUGGCCUGCCUUUUCGGCCGAAACCUCGUGCACCUGCAUCGCCCGGAUGUCGACGACCGGGACCACGACCUGAACGGCGAGUUUUGGAAAAGACAUCGGCAGAUGGAUAACAUCCUUUUGAACACAUCCCUCUGCUUGCCAUCCCAACUGAAGUUGCCCAAUGGCCUGACCAACACCAACGUGGUGUUCACCAACAUGUGUAUCCACACAUCCACCAUCUGCCUGCACCAAGCGGCCAUCUUCAAAGCCGACAAGAACAGGCUACCAGCUUCGGUAAGCUCGGAGAGCAAGGUCCGGUGCAUCACAGCGGCAAACGAGAUUGCGAGCAUCAUGAGGAUGGUCUCGCAUCUCGACCUCUCUGCGAUGAAUCCCUUCAUCUCCUUCUGCCUCUACGUGUCCGCUCGCGUCUUCGUGCAGUAUCUAAAGAGCCGGCCAGACGACAGCCAGACCGCCGAUUCUCUGCGGUUUCUGCUGUCGGCCAUGAACGCACUGAAGAGACGGAAUCCUCUUACCGAAUCGUUUUUGGUCCAGCUCGACGUAGACCUCGAAGCGCUGGGCGUGCGCAUCCCUAAGUUGAGAAGUGCUUUCCCCCGCAGCAGCGAUAGCCCGGGUUCCCCUUCGCAUCUGCCUCCCGGCAUCGCAGCACAUGCUCGUCAGGGGGCCUUUUCCCAGCAAAAGGGCCAUGGCGUCAUGGGCUACAGCAAUCAAUGCCAUUACUUGAAAGUUCCCGGUGACGACGGCAACCCCGCCAACGGACCCGACAUCACAGACGUCGAUCGCAACCCGGGCGCUCAAGGCUUCUCACCAUCUGAACAACCGACCAGCCUUCCGACCCGCGAGCGCAGCCACGCUGGCCAUUACCAGCACUCCCACGGCCAUGGUCUCAUUCCGCCGUCAUAUUCACCCUACGGUCCUCCGCUCGACAUGGACGCCGGCAGCAACAACGAGCUGCAGGGCACGUCACCAGACGGCACCUCCAACCGCCCGACGCCGAACUCGAGCACGACAGGGGCGUCAGAACCCCAACGUCAGAACUUGCAGCCAGGAGGCGGCGGGCACUUAGCCGGCGGCUCGGGGCGGAAGUCGUUCGAGGCGAGCCCGGUCUCGUCCCACCAGAACCUCAGCAGCAUGUCGGGCGCGACGCCGAGCGACGUCGAGCGCAACGUGAACGGCUUCUUCGGGGACCCGUCGUCGUUUGCGAUCCCGACCGGCGUCUCGGCGACGGGGCUCACCCCCGAUCAACGGUUCGCCAUGUCUACCGCUGAGACGCCGGCCGGUACUGGAGCCGGCGAGUUUCCGGUACAUCACGCCUGGGCUGCGAUGUCGGCGCAGCAGGGGAUGACGCCCGUUGCGGAGGGGGUGUUGCGCUCGAUCAUGGCGCUGGGGCCAAUGGAAGGCAUGGAGAUGGGUUGGGAGACAGGGACUUAGAGAUGGUGUCUCGCGGGUGUACGUUGAUGUUGUGACGUGGGUUAGAAGCGCGGUUCUUCUUUUUGGGCACUCAGCAAAGAUACCGUGCCGC